GGAAGCCGCCGCCCGUGGCGCCGGCACCAGGGGAGCAGAAGAAGGUCGCGGCGGCCAGCGGCAAGGCGGCCGAGAAGGCGGCGGACGGCAAGGCAACGCCCGCGAGGAAGAGGGUGAAGCGAAAGGUGAAGAAAGUGAAGCCCGCCGCUGAGGGCGCUGAACCUGGCGUUCCGGCAAAGCCCGCUGCCGCUAAGGCAGCAAAGGAUGCCGCGCCAAGGAGAAGUGCCACCGGCGCCACCGAGGCGGACGCCCUGGAGGCGGACUCUUUCGGGCGGCACCUGGGCGAUGCCCUGACGGCGGAGGAGAAGGCGACGCUCGAGCGAGACGUCUCCGGGCGCUUGGCGCAGACCCCGGGCCUCGACCCGACGGACAAGGAGACCAGGGCGGAGCUCUCGGAGUUCGUGGUGACCAUGCUGAUCGCACGGAAGAAGCCCUCCGAGGUGCACAGAGAGCUCGAGGGGUUCCUGAAGGACGAGACCUCGGGCUUCGUGUCUUGGCUUAUUGACCACCUCAAGGGGCCCUGGCUGCGGGCGCACCGGGCGAAGGCGGGGGCGACGCCCAAGGCCGCUGCCGGCCGCGCGCUCGCCGCCGCACUCCCGAAGUAGGCUUCGCGGGCUGAGGCCCGCCGCGGGCCCGCCGCGCUCGGGCUGGCUUCGCGCCGCAGGGUUGGCCAGGUGCCCGCGGGGGUCCCCGCCCACGAGGGUCGCCGCCUCCUCCGCUUCUUCCUCCUCCGCCUCCUCCUCCUCCACCCCCGUCCUCUCUUGGAGCUGCUGCCCCUGGGCGUCCGAGAGCCGGCCAGCUGGCAGGUCCCCCGCGGUGCUCCGAGCGGUCCUCCCAUCCCCGCCGCGCCCGCGGAGCGCCCCUGAAGCACCUGGCUCCGCGCCAGGAUCGGUAU